AUGCUUCUUCUUGGUCGUCUUUGGAGUAUCGCUGCUCUUGCGGCGCUGACGGUUGCUGCUCCUUCUCGUUCUGUUCCUCGAGAUGUGUCGGCUGAUGUGCUCGGUCAAUUGACCCUGUUCUCGCAGUGGGCUGCAGCAUCAUACUGCACGAACAAUAGCAACUCCACCGGCGAUGGGGUAUCUUGCGAGCAAGGCAACUGCCCCUUGGUGGAGUCCGCUGACACAACUACUCUAUACGAGUUUGACGAGACCUCCAGCUAUGGUGAUGUUGCCGGCUUCCUCGCGGUUGACAAGACAAACAAGCUACUUGUUGUCUCAUUCCGAGGCAGUCGCACACUGAGUAACUGGAUCGCGAACAUCAACUUUGGCUUCACCGAUGCUAGUAGUAUCUGCAGCGGUUGCGAAGCCCACGGCGGGUUCUUGGAAGCCUGGGAGGCUGUCGCAGCUGAUCUGACAUCCAAGAUCAAGGCCGCAAAGGCAACAUACUCGGGCUACACUCUUGUCGUGACAGGCCACAGCUAUGGCGGAGCCCUUGCCACGUUGGGAGGUAUUGUGCUUCGAAAUGGCGGAUAUGAACCAAGUGUGUAUACUUAUGGCCAGCCACGGGUGGGUAACAAGGCUCUAGCUCAAUAUAUCACAGACCAGGGCAGUCUCUGGCGAGUGACACAUACAGACGACUUGGUGCCUAAGGUGCCACCCGCGACUGUUGGCUUUAGCCACGCAAGUCCUGAGUACUGGAUUACUAGUGGCGACAAUACGACGGUGACCUCGUCUGAUAUUGAUGUCAUUGUCGGCGUGGGCUCGAAGUCUGGAAAUGCGGGGACGUUGAAUCCGGAUACUGCAGCACACAACUGGUACUUGGGACAUAUUGAUGCAUGCAAAUAG